AUGGAGCCGUGGCUCGACUCGCUGUCAGAGGACUGGAAGUCCGAACAGCGCUCGUCGUCGCCGGCACCGUCUUUGUCUGGUAGCCACCAUCAUGGCAGUGUCGCCCUGUCCCGCUCUCAAAGCCGGAUUCCACACCUCGCAAACAACAUGCGCAAGGAUUCUACCAUAGGCAGCUUCCUGCGACACCGGUCAACACACGGCAGGGCUCGCCAGAAAAGCCAUUCUAUCCUCCGAGAACGCAGCGCGUCAAGUCUGAACCUCCCCGCGGCCCUCGGCUCGCAAAAGAACUCAAGCCUGCCACGGCGAGCUUCCAGCGCCUUUUCGGAGUCGCAAAACUCCGUGCAACAUCACUCGGUGCGAGAAAAAGCAACCCUAGCAGAGACGCCUGAGUGGAAGAAGCGCCUUGCUGCAGGCGAAGACGUCAACAGCGAUGGCUUCGACCUCUUCUCGCCGUCAAAGUUGGAAGGCGUAUUUAAACAACCAAACUCCUCACAACUUCACAGCGACAAGGAUGCUGACCUUACGGAAGCCAGCUUUAACCGCAAACCUUUUAACGUACCCGCCUCCAAUCCUUUCCUUGAACAGUAUUCCAGUUACCGUGGCACCACCAGAACUCGGCUGAACCUUGAAGUGCUGGAGGAGGUCAAUGAGGAUGAGGAGCCGGAGCAACGCGACUUUUCGGCAGUGUCGUCAGACGUUGUUAAGAAUGGCUCCCUUAGAGGGCUGGUCAAGCAGCGGGUACAAUCGUUCGAGCGCACAGAUGACCCUCGCUCUGGUCAGUCAUCUCCACGAAAUAUUUCUUCUGCGCAGGAUCACCGAUGGAAUACGAGCAGCGGACUAGAAGAGCUGAGGAACGAGGUCAUCAGCCCGGUCACGGUAUCCAAACAGGACUCCAUUCGGAAUACGGUGCUACGUAAUCCUCUCGAUCUCGAUGUACAGGCACUGCAAGGCAAGCUUCAGCAGGCGUGCUUGGAGGAUGAUGUACGUCCAUCUUCCAGCGCGAGCGACAGUUAUAUCGACUACGCCAGGAAGGACGACGCUGAACAGGCCUUGCAAGAUGAACCCCUACCCGACCUGACCUCACAGUCUCUCCCGGACGACCUGUCGAUGGGCACUCAAGUCUUCGAGACAAACGGAGGCUUCAUCAACUCCCGUCGUGGUGGUCGCUCAAAUGAAGCCUCGUUCCUCCGCAAGAGCCUAAGCUUGAGCCAGGAGCAGUCACGUCUCGACUCAAACACAAGACCUGAGAUCCAGAUCAACAGCUCGCCGCCUCUACAUUCCCGGCAUUUCGAUGAGAGCAUUGACCACAGUAGGAUCAGUGUUUCUGCGCCAACAACCCCUCAAGACACCAGCGUCGUUCAUCACACAGACAGCCUUCUCCGACCCGCGUCUUCCGGUAGUCCGUUGAAGCUAUUUGGGAAUAGAGAUACGUACACAAACAACAAGUUGAUGCGCAUCUUGAGUCAUUUCGAAGAGCCCGCCUCCUCACCUGGGCAACCGGGGCAAGAGGGAUCGGCUGAGGAAGACCAAGAGCAUGCUCUAAGGAUGAGUCAGUUUGGCCAGGGUGAGCUCGAUGGGUUCGGCUUUGAGCAGAAUGUCCGCAAGCCGUCGCCUAUACAGCCCACUGUAGUGAAGCCAGAAGAUAGGAUCUUCAGACCUGUUGAGUCCGAUCAUCUUUUGAUCGUUGCGGCUGUGGAAGAGCAUGCGGCUGAAACCGUUGAGCUUGCUGGAGCAGAGAAAGACAGGACGACAAAACGACGCAAGACCUUGCUUGAGGAGGAAAUACUCCCACCUGGGUACGAGAUCGAGGUUAAAGUCAGCGAGCUCGAAGAGACAGCUACCCUUGCAGGCAAGAAACGGAAAGAUGCUCGACCUGGCACCGAGGGUGUUCCAGCAGAUCCAGAUGUCCUUGCGUCUCGAGAUCUCCUAAGACCCAAAUCAACUAGAAAGUCAUCCGUUAGCCGCGUCCCGUCCACUUCGAAAGCUGAGUCAGAUGGUGUGCCACACGAAAACGAGGCCGCAAACGAAGACCUUACAGAGGCUCUAGCUGCGGAACUUGCAACAUUUACACACGACGCUGUUGAAGUCAACAAUGAUUCCCGCAAGGCUUCACUCGCCACGAAAGACUACAUGGAAGAAGCAAACAAGGUCAUGCAGUUUAUUCGAUCCCGAGGAAAGCCUAAGCCUGCGGCCACCAUUCCCGAAAUCCGUGAGCCUAUAGAGGUAUCAGAGAUCAAUCCAGAUUCCAUCCUGGAUCUAGACCUGGACGCCGAGUCCACGAAAGACGACUUCUCGCGGCCGCCAUCAAGAGAUCACACACCAAGGCUGGCCGUCGAUCGCCGCCAUGCCCGGCAUGACUCACGGACAGCGAGCUACCUGCGGAAGUAUCGCGAUGAGGAUGACAUGGAUGCUUUGGGUGGCACUUCGGUAUUUGGUACUCUCGCUACGGGAACUCACGAAGUCCAAUCGGAGGGGGAGGAGACAGAUGCUGUCAAAGAGCUUCAGGAAAGCGACCCUCCCAACAUGCGCAUCCUGAACCAAUCUGAAACUAUGAGAAAACGCAAAUACUCAAGUUCCACCGUCGAACAGGAUCCGACGCAGAACCUACAAUCGGCGGCCCACAACUCUGCCCAUAGUUCGACCCAGCAUUCUUUUCCUACACAAUCAUCCGCGUCCGGCCACAAGGGCGUCAUCUCGUCAGGGACAGUGUCCAUCCCGGACCAUGUUGGCACGAUGACGUUCGACCAUGACAAGAAGAUCUGGGUCAAGAAGAUGUCUGGGUCCAAGUCUCAGAGCAGGCGUGACCAGCAGACUUUGACCGAGCCUGACCCAUUCGAGGACAUACCCGACCUCAGUAUCGAUGAGCAACAAGAGCUACAAGCCAAAGCUCGCGCUCUCAAGCUAGCCGCAUCUCAGAAGACCGAACACUCAACUGAAGUUGAGGCUCAGAGCAUCAAGGCUACGUCGCAGUCUCCUCCGAGGACCUCCUUACCCGUGAGCACGGUACACAUCGAAGAGCGUGACCCAACCGUAUCAGAAGAUGAAGACAAUACUGUGGAAAUCAACCGAAGUUCCCUUCGCUCAAAGACCUCAGAGCAUGAAGCGAAUCUCCACAACGGCAUCCCAUCCAAACCCCCCGGUCAGCUCAAGGACGAUCGAAGGCAAGCUCGGGUCGUCACAAUCGCCUUUUCGUCCCCGGUGGUCUCGGGCGUCAAUUACGCCAAUCUUUCCGAAGAAGACUUUAGCGAGUUGCCACGAGAGGAGGACCUGCCUCUGGACGAUUCCGAGAUCCAGCUUGAAAAUGAAGAUGGUGAAGCAAAUAUACGAGAGAAAUCCACCACAGAACCAAUGCUUCCGCACGCAAAGCUGGGCUCGGUGCCGGUCCUCGACCACGAGCAAGCCAGCAACUUUCAGCAUCGGACCAUUUCACCCAUUCUGGAAGACGAGGAGGAGCAUCUCGAUCCACGACUCAGCCUUAUACACAUCAGGCAAUCAAAGGUCGUGACGCCGGCACCGAACAGGUCCAUUGCGAAGCUCCAGAAGGGUGGGAACAAAGCUUCAAGCAUUCUUUGCCUGACACCUUUAUCUGACUUCUCGGUCCACCAAGUCGACAAGGCGAAAGAUCUCGAUCAGAGCUAUGUUGAGGAAAGAAAGCACCCACACGCUCUGCGCCAGGCCCAUGGCUCGCUGGCCCUCGCUGUCGAUGAGCUUGUCAAAGCAAUAACCGAUGCUGCUCCUGAUGAGCUAUUCUGGGAUCAGCUUCGAAGCCUGGACCUGGCUCCGAGCAGUGUGCCUUCGGUUCACAGCUUGAAGGACUAUUGUCCCGUCUUGGAAGAACUGGCGAUGCCGGGCAACCAAAUUUCUCAGCUUGGCGGACUCCCGACUUCGCUGCGCAUUCUCGACAUCCACGACAGUAUGGUUAACGACCUAACGUCAUGGGGUCAUUUGCGAAACUUGCAGUAUCUCGAUGUGUCGAGCUGUCAGCUUGAAAGCUUGGAGGGUUUCAGUUCAUUAGUUCAUUUGCGCAAAUUGAAGGCGAACAACAAUCGUAUCUCAAAUAUCGACGGCAUCCUGGACCUAGAUGGACUUCUUGAGCUCGAGCUCAGCAGCAACGAUAUUACCCGCCUCGACUUUGAAGGAUCUGGAUUGACUCGAUUGAAGAAACUGGACUUGAGCCACAACCAACUGGAAGACAUCACAAGCCUAAGUUGUUUGCCCGCCCUUGAUGAGCUUGAUGUCUCUCACAACGCCAUACGAAGUUUCGCAGAGACCGAGGAAAUCGCGCUGCGGAAGCUACAAAUCUCACACAAUGAACUCGAAGUGUUUGGUUUGAAGCACAUGCCAGCCCUUCGUUAUCUGGAUCUGGACGGCAACAAGAUCAAAGAUGUACAGGGGUUGAGCUCUGCAUACCACCUUGAAUUCCUUUCGGUGAGAGAGCAGAGAGAAAAAUCUGCGAUUGUCGAAUCUGUCCUGAGCACUCCGAAUGAGUGCCGGCACAUCCGCCUGUCGUCUAAUUCUGCGGUCAAUGGCACUUUCAACCUGCCAGCAGCACCUCAAAACAAUCUUCGUGAGCUCGAAAUAGCCGCCUGCGGCAUCUCAGAUCUUCCUGAACGGUUCGGUCUAUUCUUUCCCAAUUGCCGAUAUCUGAACGCGAACUUCAACGCCAUAAAAGAGCUCGGGCCCCUCCGGAAGAUGUUGCAUCUGAACACGUUGUUGCUGGCCAGAAAUCGCAUCCAAAAACUGAGGCGGACAUGUCUUGUCAUGUCUAGGCUUCCAUCGCUGAAGCAGAUUGACCUCCGAGACAAUCCCUUGACUGUGGGAUUUUACAGUCCUGCAACCGGCCUGGUCACAAAUUUAAAGUCAUGCGAGGCACGAUAUUGUCUGCCCGCCGGAUCAGAUGCAGAAGACGCAGUGUGGAUGAAAGUGCUCGAUGAGGUGACGGGGCUGAAACGACGUACCAUUGAGUUGCUGCUUGCCGAGCAUUGCAAAGAACUGGUACAACUCGAUGGACUUGCUCUUCGGCGGGAGCGGCUGGCGUCGAACGACGAUACAUGGACCAGGCUGACCACCAAGGGAGUGCUACUGAAGCGGACUCCUGGGAUUAUCAACGAAGUCGAAAGUCAGAGCGGCUGUGGACGUGGUGGUAGCUUUGACCAGCAGAACCCAUGCGGCACUCCAGCGAAUGAUGAAGAUGUCUUUGACGGAUGA